UCCGAUCAAAUUGCGAAGACAGCUCACAGCCUGAGAGUUCCUUAACGUCACGCUCGGUUUUUAAACGCGAUCGAGUCCGACAGAUCCGCCGUUUCCGCGGGACGAAAGUGAACCUAGAUGGCGCCUCGCGCACUCGAGCGAUCAGCAACAACACUGCACUCGCUGACCGAUAGUUGAAUCCGUGACGGGACGCGCGGCAAGGCUCGAGAUCCUUUGACAUUUGGCGCGACACCUCCGAAGUCCGGCGCAAGUCGAUUGAACCAUCGAUCGCAUCCCUCCGGGAACCACGGAUCACCCAGACACGCGAUCGUUUCUCCGACGAGGUGAUCGUACGACGAGGAAGACAAGGAGGAGGGUGAAUUGCGCGGCGACGACGUGGCGAAUGUGAUGCAAACCGUGCGGUCGCGUCGUCGGUAUUGUGCAACGUGAGGGAGAGCGAAGAGGAAGCACGGAGGAAGGCGGAGAAGGAGAGAGAGAGAGAAGGAACGCGAAGCAACGUGAGACAACGACGCGACAAGUAUGGCGGUAAUCCCAUCAGCUGAUAGCGUCCGUCUGUGGGAUGACGGGCCGCAUUUUGGUUAAUCGGGUUAGAUCGCCCUCCCCUCACCGCGCGCUCUCUCUCGUCGACGUCGAUGACCACAGCUGUGCAUAUCGCUCGGCGGUUACAUUACUACGUACGCACGUACGUACGAGGUCGCAUGACGCAUAGAGGAUGCACUCGUCGCUAACACGCUGGCACAGGAUUUUUUCCGAGGUGCAUCACGCGUCGCCGACAGACGGACGAUAAUCGUACGGGAAUGUCGCACCACAGUUUCUCGAUCUUAGCUGCUAACGGAGAGAUAACAAACGGAAGAGUGUCCGCUUAAUCGGAGCGGCGUGGAGUCCGGGCGAAGCGAUCUGUGAUGAGCGACUCCGAACAGCGGCAGCUGCACGUGCCUUACCGAGAGUACCACAGCCAGAACAACACCAGCCCUGCCGCUCUGGUGGAGACCGAUGCGCUGGUGGACCUGUCCAUCGCGCCCAGCAGCCGCCUGUCGCAGAGCGACCACCAGCAGCAACCAGUCGCGAUCGCCACCGAUCUCUUGCCGGACGUCGAGUUCAUUCCGGGUCUGAGCAACGACCAAACCCUAGCCAUAGAUUCCUCCGGGAUCGACCGGGAGAGCCAGCCUCUCCUCGGUCGCUUGGAACUCGACGUCACGUUCAACAGAUUCUCAGAUGACCCACAGUUCUCGGAGCUGGUGUGGCAAGCGGAAUGCGCGAUAGACAAUGGGGUCUACCCGGAGAGGAUAUACCAGGGCUCCAGCGGGAGUUACUUUGUAAAGAAUCCAGCAGCGAAAGUGAUCGGCGUGUUCAAGCCGAAGGACGAGGAGCCUUACGGCAGGCUGAACCCGAAAUGGACCAAAUGGAUGCACAAGCUCUGCUGUCCCUGCUGCUUCGGCAGGAGCUGCCUGAUCCCGAAUCAGGGCUACCUGAGCGAAGCGGGCGCCAGCUUGGUUGAUCGCAAGCUGGGCCUCGGCAUCGUGCCGAACACCCGAGUGGUGAAGCUCGUCAGCGAGGUGUUCAAUUAUCCGCGCUUGGACCGUCAGAAGGCACGGAUGAAGCAGGCGAUCAUGGACCAGUUCCCCACGGUGGGCUCACACUUCAAUCGCAUCGGGCUGCCGCCGAAGGUCGGCUCCUUCCAGGUCUUCGUCGACGGCUACAAGGACGCCGAUUAUUGGCUCAGGAGGUGGGAGAACGAAUCUCUGCCGGCGCGUCUCAGUCGGGACUUCCAGUUGCAGUUCGAGCGGCUUGUCAUCCUCGACUACAUCAUCAGGAACACGGACAGAGGUAACGACAACUGGUUGAUCAAGUACGACACCAGCGUCGGCAAGAACGGGAGCGAGCAGGGCGAGGUGAAGAUCGCCGCGAUCGACAACGGCUUGGCCUUCCCCUUCAAGCACCCGGACUCUUGGCGGGCGUAUCCCUACCACUGGGCCUGGUUGACACAGGCGAAGCAGCCGUUCAGCGAGGUCACGAGGGAGCUGGUUCUGCCGCAACUCUCGGAUCAGAACUUCGUGCAAGAUCUAUGCGACGACCUGUACCAAUUGUUCAAACAAGAUAAGGGUUUCGACCGGCACCACUUCGACAGGCAGAUGAGCGUGAUGCGCGGGCAGAUUUUGAACCUGCAGCAAGCCUUGAAAGACGCCAAGAGCCCUGUGCAAUUGGUGCAAAUGCCGGCUGUAAUUGUGGAAAAAUACGUGCAGCCGCCACGUGUGAAAUCUUUCGCGCCGGAGCGACUGUACAAGAUCCCGUCGAAGGAACUCGAGACCGGCACGACGUAUCACUUGUCUUACCUAAAUGUGGACCCGGCGGCAGCGCGUCACGCGCGACCGCAACCGAUUCGGCCGACUCGUACUCUCGAUAAGGGCACCGGCCGAUUUUUCGAUGACACGACCACCAAACUGUCGUACCAGCCCGUGUGGCAGUUCGUCAAAAGGGAACCGAUCAUGCCGAAACGUAGACCGAUGGCCGGUCUAGGCAGGAUGGAGGACGUCACGACGAUCCGCCGCGAUUACGUGGCGAAGCACGUGAAGAGGCCGGCAGCGAUCGUACCCUUUGGUAACAUCCGCACGAGCUCGGCUCCGUUGGAGAACAGGACGAUAACGAAGAUGGCCUAUCCUUCGCCGGGACCUACGGAGCCCACGGCCAGUUUCAAACCGAGGCUGAGGUAUUGCCCGCCGAGCCAGCCUCUUCCCGACGAGACCACGCAGAAGCUGAGCUAUCAGCCCUUCGUUCUCGGCGAGAGGGAGUCGUACCCUUGGGCGAUGAAGCCGACGUACAAGCGACCGAUCGACGCGAUGUGUGACCAGACCACUUAUUCGGAGAGCUACGUCGAAAACGACGUGAUAUGUGCGACGAGGCCGAUCUUGCCAAUCGCAGCUUGCAGGGUACUCCCCUGCGGCGCGGAAUUCGCAGACAAAACCGUCUACAAGGAGAGCUACCUGCCGGGCGAGAUGGAGCGCGUGGAGCCGAUCCUCCCCGUCGGCAGUAUUUCCAUACCCGACGUGAAGAUGCUCUCCGACACGACCACCAAGCUGAGUUACCCACGAGUCUGGGUCGAGAAGCGACGGCCGAUCCUGCCCCGUCGCAGGCCCGCCCUGGGAGCCGGCGCGACGAUGCAGUCCGAGACGACGACGGGCAGCGAAUACGUGGCGAAAACGGCGCCCCGGCUGGGCCCCAUCGUCCCCAGUGGCAAUAUCCGUAUGGCCGACGUGCCGUUGCAAGGCGACACGACCACCGCGUUGUCUUACGCGGAACCCAGCGCGAUCGAGCCCGCCCGCAGUUGCAAACCCAUCAGGCUGUAUCGCAGGCCGGACGUGAAACUCGAGGCUGAGACGAUAAAUAAGUUAUCCUAUCCAACGUGGACGCCGCAGUCCAAGGAGGUGAUUCCGUGGGCACAAAAGGCCAAGUAUCAGCCUCCUUCGCAACCGAUGGUCGGCGAUACAAUCUAUCACGCGAGUUAUCCGGCGCCGGGUCACUACGUCGAGGAGGAGGAGGACGAGGUGUGCGCCUGCCCAGAUGACGUGUGCGCUUGCCCAGAUGACGUUUCAACUAUUCCGGCCAAAGCGGGGCUUUAAAGCCAUUAAAGCCAUUAAAGUGAGCAACUGAGCUUUCGGACCGGACGCUGGCAGUAGUCGAGAAUCAGUAAC